GCUUCUUCUUCUUCUUCUUCUUCCUUCUUUCCUCUGAUCCUCUGCCUCUGCUUUCAUUUCGUCCUAUUGUAUUGUACAGCACAGAGCUCAGUCACACUCACACUCACACACUCACUCUGUCCUGUUAAAAACCUCUCGAGAUCUUCACCUCCUCCUUCCUCUCACCUUCUCAGCCCCAGCCCCCUCCUCCAUAUAUAUAUAAAUUCACCUCGCCCCAGAUAGAUAUUUAGAUGAGAUGAAAUUUCCUCAUUGCCCACUUAAGCUUUUCCGCCAUUAAUGCCCUGCCCCCACUCUGCUUGAAAGCAACUCCUCAUUCUCAAUCUCCAUUAUAAUUUCACUCCCCUGUCCAUUGCCUACUCUGUUUUGUAGAUUUCGAAUCCCAUUGGCAGACAUGGAGAUUACGGCUUUUAGUCCCGGAGCCUUGGCCGACCGGAAGCUCCGGAGGCCCGUCCUGAUGCUCAAGGACUACCUCCUGGACGACCUCAGCUCGUGCUCGUCCAAUGGCUUCAAGUCCUUCCCCCGCCGCCCCCAAUGCUGCCCUUCCACCGUCCGCUUCCUCCUAGACAUCGACCUCAAGGCCAGGGGUGAAGCAGCGGCAGCGAGGACUAGGAGGACUACCGCCUCCAGGCGGGCCCACCACCAUCGUGACCGCCCCUCCCUCAAGAGGAACCCCUCCAAGGCUGCGUCCACCACCGUCUCCGCCCUCCACAGGGCCUCCAUGAAGGUCAUCAACGCUGUCAAGCUCCUCCCGUUUCCCUCCGUGGCCAAGUCGGCCACCUCAGGCAAGGCCCGCCGCAGCCUCUUCCCCCGGAGCCUCUCCCGCAAGCUGCUGAGCAAGCGGUUCUGGCGGAGGCCGGAGCCGGAGAUCGGGCGGUGGAGGCUGUUCCGGGAGUUCCUGGCGGAGAAGGACCCACAGGCCGAUCAGCUGAGUACUUCCCAUUCCCAAACCGCGAGCGCCACGUUGACCCCGCGGGUCUCGGCGAGCUCGAGCAGCGGCCAUAACGGCAGCAGCAGCAGCUGGGACAGCAGCGAGUUCGGCGCUGUUGACACUGUCAGCACCUUCAGCGGUAACUCCGUUAGCUCGGAUGGGGACGCCGUCGUUUCCGCCGAAAAAGAUUUACUUUUACCGCCAAAACCUGCGAUGGAGGAGAAAGUAAAAGCGGAUAAAGUCAGCGGGAGAGUCGGCGUUACAGUCGGCGGUAACGAGGAGGAGGAAUCCCCUGGAGCAACCCCUCCCGCUGCAUGCACUGAGGAUUGGCCAAAUGAGGAGAAAGAGCAGUUCAGUCCAGUAUCAGUUUUGGACUGCCCAUUCAAGGAUGAUGAUAAUGAAGAGAUCAGCUCGACAUCGGAGUGUAGUCCCGAGCAUAUUGGAGGGUCUAGGAAAAAGAAUGGGCACAAAAGCCAGAGGAUCAAGAGCCUCUCUCAGUUGGAGCCACUGAACUUAGAUGGAAGGUUAGCGUUCUCUGAGCUCGACCAUGGACCGGUUGCUGAGUCGACCAUGCAGUCAUACUCUAGCCCGAGCACAGCCCAAUAUGCUGAAGAGAACGAAACCAAUGUGGGAGUGGAGGAGCUUCUUAAAGCUAUCAAGAUUAAUAACCCUGCCAUUGGCCUUGAUGUAGACAACCUCUUGUCUGAUUUCUGCAUAGAGAAGUUAGAAUCAGGCAGUGUAUCCACGCUCGAGGCCCUGGAGGUGGUGCAAGACUGGGUGAAUGGGACACCGAGAGAUAUAUCGUCUGGAUGGGAGGUGAAGAGUGGGAGAGCUGCCUACGUGAGGGACAUGGAGGAGAAGUGCGGGAGCUGGAGGGAUUUGAAGGAAGAACGCGAAGAAGUAGCCAUGGAGAUAGAGGAUGAGGUUUGGAGGAGUUUGAUGGAGGAGAUCCUGCUCGAUCUCUAGAGAACACAGUUAUAAUAAUAGGAAGGAAAACUGUCCAAAUGUUGCAUGUUCAGGUAAGAGACCAUCAGAUCGUGUCAAUACAAACAGGUGAAAUAAUGUCUAGGCUGCUUGAUUAGCGAGGAGAGAAAACAAAUAGUAAUUUGGAUCAGAAUCUUAUACUAUGUUUCUUGUUGACAGUUUCAUAAAGUAAUGCUAGCUAGCCUCGAAA